AUGCAGGUGGUCAAAACAUUGCUUCUGCAAGCCAGGCCAAUGAUGAUCCUAACGACCAACCAUUGCAAAUGCGUGGUCCAGUUUCGGUUUAACCUGCAGGCAAACGACAACCUUAACAACCCCCAUAAAAAGGAUGGUUGUCUGCAGGAGGUCCUAAAGGAACAUAAGACAAGUCUGAGGAGGAGAUAUGAAUGUGUGACUGAAGGAAGUGAUAAAACAGGAAGUACAACCCUUUUCAACAGGAUUUACACUGACCUCUACAUCACAGAGGGACAGAGUGAAGAGGUUAAUACCCAACAUGAGGUGAAGCAGCUUGAGAGAACUGUCAAGUUCCAGAACCUCCAUGGUUGUCCAAUCAGGUGUCAGGACAUCUUCAAAGCCUUACCUGACCAACAUGGAGCCAUAAGAGUGGUUCUGACCAACGGCGUUGCUGGUGUUGGAAAAACCUUCUCAGUGCAGAAGUUCACUCUGGACUGGGCAGAGGGCUUGGAGAACCAAGAUAUCAGUGUGGUGAUUCUGCUUUCCUUCAGGGAGCUGAACCUGAUCAGAGAUCAUCAGCACAGUCUUCUCACACUGCUCCAUCUUUUCCAUCCAACCCUCCAGAAGCUCCCAGCAGAGAAGCUGGCUGUCUGGAAACUUCUCUUCAUCUUUGAUGGCCUGGAUGAAAGCAGACUUUCUCUGGACUUCAAUAACAGUCAGCUUGUUUCUGAUGUCACACAGAGGUCAUCAGUCAAUGUUCUUGUGAUGAAUCUCAUCAAGGGGAACCUGCUUCCCUUGGCUCUUGUCUGGAUAACUUCCCGACCUGCGGCAGCUAGUCGGAUCCCUUCAUCCUGUGUUUCCAGGGUAACAGAAGUACGAGGCUUCACUAACGUUCAGAAGGAGGAGUACUUCAGGAGGAGGUUCCUUGAUGAAAAGAUGUCCAGCAGGAUCAUCUCCCACAUCAAGACCUCCAGGAGCCUCCACAUCAUGUGUGGGAUACCAGUGUUCUGCUGGAUCACUGCUACGGUUCUGGAGAACCUGUUGACCAUGGAGCAGAGAAGAGAGCUCCCCAGUACCAUGACUGACAUGUACUCACACUUCCUGCUUGUUCAGACCAAGAGGAAGGAGAAGUACCGUGAAGGUCAAAAGGAGCUGAUGCAGGGUGACAGGGAAGUUCUCCUGAAACUAGGGAGGCUGGCGUUAGAACAUCUGGAGAAAGGAAACAUCAUAUUUUACCAAGAAGACCUGGAACAGUGUGGUCUGGAUGUCACAGAGGCAUUGGUGUACUCAGGAGUUUGUACAGAGAUCUUCAAAAGAGAGAGUGUGAUCUUCCCAAAACCAGUCUACUGCUUUGUUCAUCUGAGCAUCCAGGAGUUUCUGGCUUCAGUCUACAUGCUCCACUGUUUGACCAGCAGGAUCACAGAGGAAGUGAACAACUUCCUUGGAGAAGAAUACAAAGAAACAUUUAUGGAAAGAAUCAUUGGACAAAUCUUCAGAAAAACAUCUCUGGAGGACUUCAUGAAGAGAAUCAUUGACAAAUCCCUCAGGAGUCCAAACGGCCACCUGGACCUAUUUGCUCGUUUCCUUCAUGGCCUAUUUGUUGAGUCCAACCACAAACUCUUAGGCUUUCUACUGGGUCAGAUGGAGAUAAGUCCAUCAACCAUCCAAAGAGUCAUCAACAAUCUAAAGGAGAUGAACACUGAUGAUAUCUCUACUGACAGAAGCAUCAACAUCUUCCACUGUUUGAUGGAGAUUAAGGAUCAGUCUGUUUACCAGGACAUCCAGCAGUUCCUGAAAUCAGAGAAAAGAUCAGAGGAGAAGCUCUCAGAGAUCCAGUGCUCAGCUCUGGCCUACGUGUUACAGAUGUCAGAGGAGGUUAUGGAUGAGUUGGACCUGGAGAAGUACAACACAUCAGAAGAAGGACGACGUAGACUGGUUCCAGCUGUGAGGAACUGCAGAAAGGCUCGACUUGGUGGCUGUUCUCUCAAUGAGGCUGACUGUGAAGUUGUGGCCUCAGCUCUGAAGUCCAACUGUUAUCUCACCGAAGUGAUAACAGAUGAGAUCAGUGGAGGGAAAAGAUUUGGAGACUCUGGAAUGAAGCAUCUGUGUGAGAUACUGGAAAGCUCAAUCUGCAAACUGAAGAAACUGACAUUGAAUCGCUGCAGUUUGUCAGAGAUCAGCUGUGCUUCUCUGGUCUCAGCUCUGAAGUCCAACCCCUCCCAUCUGACAGAACUGGACCUGAGUGACAACAGAAACCUGAAAGAUGGUGGAGUGAAGCAGCUCUGUGGUUUUCUCCAGUCUCCCCUCUGUAAACUACAGACAUUGAGAUUGAUUGACUGCAGUUUGUCAGAAAUCAGCUGUGCUUCUCUGGGCUCAGCUCUGAAGUCCAACCCCUCCCAUCUGACAGAACUGGACCUGAGCAGGAACGACCUGAAAGAUGGUGGAGUGAAGCAGCUCUGUGGUUUUCUACAGUCUCCCCUCUGCACCCUACAGACAUUGAGGUUGUAUGACUGCGGUUUGUCAGAGAUCAGCUGUGCUUCUCUGGUCUCAGUUCUGAAGUCAAACCCCUCCCAUCUGAGGGAACUGGACCUGGAGUUGAACAACCUGAAGGAGUCAGAUAUUCAGCAGCUGCGGGAUCUUGAAAAGAGUCCAGACUGCAAACUGCAGAUUCU